AUGGACCGACUCGCGAUACGAAGGAUGGCACGGUCGCCCGCUCUCGCGCGGCCGACGGCAGCACGGCACACAAUCCUCCAGACACCCCGACACAACGCGCGCCUCAUCAGCAUGCAGCCACGCGUCGCCGAGACUUCCUUCUGGAAGUCGCUGAUCCCAAAGCCGCUGCGCUCGGAGAACAGGGCGGCGGGCGGCGAGGGGGGCGCGCCGGCGAGAAAGAAGGCCAAGUCGAAGGAGUGGAACCCGGCGACGUUCUUCAUCGUCAUCUUCCUGCUGAUCGGGUCCAUGUCGAUCCAGAUGAUCUCGCUGCGCAAGAGCUUCGACGCCUUCAUGCGCCGCUCCGACGUGCGCAUCGGCCUGCUGCGCGAGGUCGUCGAGAGGGUCCAGAACGGAGAGGCCGUCGACGUCGAGAAGGUCCUCGGGGCGGGGGACCCGGAGAGGGAGGCUGAGUGGGAGGAAGUUCUGAAUGAGAUCGAGAGGGAUAGCGCGUCGCGGAACCAGAAGAAACAGGACAAGGCCAGGUCACCUGCGACACCAUCACCUAUCGCAAAAGCUGUCCCGGUGGCAGGACCUAAAGCGGAGGCUGCACCUGUACAAGAGCCGGCAAAAGGACGCACGGCAUACUUCUUCUGA